AAGGUGAGCGCGAGCACCUGCUCGUUAAGAGAGACGGACGGCGGUGCUCGCGGGAAGCACGGACACGUGAACCAUCGGAGAAAUGAAGGACGGCCCGACAUCCACAUCAGCUGGUGGCAGCUCUAAAGGCACAGUUGCUGGUGGGACACAGAGCUUUGGCUCUCAACAGAAAACAAAGAAAGAGCCAAAGCCUCUCAGUGACAGUGACAGUACUGUUAUCCUUGACCUCUCUCACACCAGUGUACCUGUGUUCACAAGAACAGAAGACAGUGUAAUUAGAGAAAUGCUUGAAUAUACAGUGGAAGACUCUCUAUCAAGCUCUGAUGUCACUGAGGAAGAGUAUUUUCCUGAUGGAGAGACAGAAAUUGACAGUUCAGCAGAAGAAGAGAGAGAAGUACAGCAAACACAUGUCCAACCACGCAAGAUGGCACCUUCUUGUUCCCUGGCUGCACACACUACAAAGGGUGAUCCCAGGCACCUUCACUCAGGGGCCUCAUGGUUUCAGCCUGCUGGGCCGUCCGAGGAGGAAGACUGCGGAGGUCUCGGGAACACUUUCAACCAGCCGAUACAAGUUGUUGUACCCAGCGUGUUGGCACAGAGACUGUCCACCUACCUGGAGAAGAACAAGUACGUUGAUACAUCCGUACAGAAGGCUGGCAUUCCUGGGUUCUCUGGUUGCCUGGAGCACACCAGUAUGAUCUGGCAUCAGAUCCAAGCGGCGAAGAAGGACAAAAGGGAUCUUCAUGUCAUCUUCCCUUGA